AUGGCACAAAGAAACUUUUGGUAUUGUGCAGGGGAGCAGCAAACACGUUCUGCUCUCUACUUCCAGAACCUCUGCGGGCAUCGAAAAGGACUCAAGGUAGCACGCACGAGAAUCCGCUUGCACGACUUCAACUCGCUGUACAGAGCGAUGGAAAGAAGUGAAAAGAAGCCGGAGGAUCAGGAUACGAGGGUUUGGACGGAGAGUGAGUGGCCGAUGGAGAAGUUGUCUGUGGCGGGGAGCAGGACUUUUGCCGCGGAGUUUCUGGAGGGUGUUAUAUAUUCUGAUUCGAUGGCGGACGUUGCCGACUCUGACGAUGCUGUUCUUGUUGGUGGUUCGAAGCAAAUGCGAUUGGGAAGAAGAAAGAUCGCGAGAAUGGUUGAGCAUAUCAUCGACGCCAUCGAUAGUCGCCUGACCAACUAUCCCAAUGCCAAAGCAAUCGACAAAGCACAUCAAAAUCGCAUGAUCAAGUCCGCAUUGAAUAAGCAUCCGUCAAGGUAUACUUAUCCAGGAUGCAAACAGAAAAACGGCGUGCCAUACGGUACAGAUUCGGUGCGUCUCCUGCUCAAGCAGAUCGUUCGUGACCACCAGCUCUCAAGCAAUUACGACAUUUCCGAUGAAGGACUCAACGCAUUGUUCGAGAAUGGCAGUGAUUUCAUCACCGACGCUUUUUGGAAGGUUUUGUGCCAAGCACAUUUGAUCAAAGGUGUCCAGCCCACAUCCGAUUGGCAAGGCGUUUCAAACAUCGACAAAGACGCCGACAACUUACUCGAUGCAAGCUCCGAGAAACGACUUGAUGGAUCAAAAUCUAACGACCACAUUGACGACGAAGAGGCCUUGUACCACCAGCCGCCUGCCGUAAUGAAGGACAGUGGGAAGACCAAAUCCGACGGCCACAACGGCGCCGAAAGACCGCCCGUCACAACACAGAGAACUCUACGACAACCAGCCAGCGCCGCAGGAACCCGCAAAACCAUCGACUCAACAGGAGUCCGCAAGACCUCGAAAGCAGAAAGCGUCGGAACAAGGUCGAACAUCAGAAGUAACAGCAUGGCUGCCACGCCGGUCUUCAACCACCUGUACGACAAACCCCUUGAUUCUGGCCAAGUGAGCUCAACUUCAAAUGCGGGCAGGAAGCGUGGAAGCCUUCGGAUCUCGGAUGAUGAUGAUACAAUUUACGUCAAUCAUCCCGAGCAUGCGAAUCCGCAGCAAGGUCCGAUCAAGAAAGCCGAAGUCCCGUCCUCUACAAAAACACAGAACGCCAGCGGCGAGGAAAGCAAUGCCCUCAUCGCCUUGGACCAAGGCGCAGCUCAAACAAUAGCCAUGACAGGAGAAACACUGCACAACGGCCCGGUAAUCAUCAGGUCUGGAACGAAAAGAGUCAACUCGGCCCCUGGAAUCAACGAGCCGCCCACCAAGAAGGCGAAAAUAAACCCAUUGCCUCCUCCGCUAGUCGCCUCCUCUCAAUCAUCGUCGGCUUUCAGUAAGAAAUCUGGAAAGCAGCUUGCUCCAGCAAAGCUGGCACCCAGCAGGACUCGACAACCAGCAAGCGAACGGUCAUUACUCGGCCAGGGAGAAGCGCAGAUGGAUGGUGAUCUCGAUUUGAGCACUGGAAGAGAAACACAUCAAGAUGACCUCGUAGAUGACUUCAUGUCGGACGCCGGCUCUCAAGGACCAACACUUCCCAAUGAGCCAUCCGGCUCUCGAAGUGCAGGAAGAGCGCUUUCCAAGGACACUCGAUCAAUGCAACCACCUCCGGGUAAGAUCUCCAACAAGAAGGAUCGCAAAGCAGUCUCUACUCUCGUGAUGGACUCAGAGAACUCACUCGCCAACACCGAGAACAACGAAGACCAUUUGGAGUCGCUCGCAGAAGGAGAGUCUGGCGAUUAUCAACAGAAACUGAACCACAUCUCCGGCAUGAUCGGUCAAACGUCAACAGCAGUUUUCAAGCCCAACGACAAUGUCCGUCCCGCCGGUGUCAACUUCAGACCUGACCGCAGUCUCGAGCAACUGUACAUCGCAACGUUCAGACCAAAACCUCGUGAGCCAUGGAAGAAUGCUGUUGCUCCCUUGCAGGAAGAAGAAAGCUUCACUCCACAGGCUCUUCUCGAAGCACUCAUCUGGACAUAUAUCCGAACAGCCAUCCUCAGCAAAGACGACGUCCCUUGGACGGCGCCGCACCACAUGAUUACGAUUGAAAGCACAGAGCUCAUUCGUGAGGAAUUGCGAAAACAUCCCAAGGUCAAGUUCGAUGCUGUGGCGCGGAAGGCCUCUGAGGCUCAACUUGAAUACGUCUACUUCCUGACAAAUGACCUUAUAUCGGCAGCAAGGGAUCUCAGCAUCGAUCUUCAUCUGAUCUUGCUCGAGCGAUCAAGCAUCAAUGGUCAACGGUCGCCGAAGAGGUACUCAGCAGAGGGACGAUUGGCUCGAACCGAAACUUUGUCGUUGCCACCAGUCCAGUGCUAUUCGAGCUUGAGGAGAAUGAGUCGAAGGUGUUGA